AUGAACGAAACCCAACUAAAACAGUUAUUUGAGUAUAGUUUUAAACAAAACGCCAAGAAGGAAUGGUAUCUGUUAGCAAUUGCGGUGCUGACAGCUUCAAACGCACCAGAAGAUAUCGCUCAAAUUUUUUUAUUGGAGCUAGUAAGUUCGUUACCGGAGAAUAAAAGUAAAUCGACCGACUGGUUAAUUGAAGCAGUCAUUAAGAUGAUUGAAGAUCCAGUUUUGCUUAAUACCACAUUCCAUGAAGUGAGCUCGGUGCAAUGUACCAUUUUGAGCAAAGUUAAGGAGUGCAUAUUGAAGAUCAGUGCUAUUGUGGGAAUCCCAAGGGCCAUCAAUGGACUAAGAUAUGUUAGGCUCUAUACUCCAGCUUCUUUAUUAAGUGAUUCCCCAUUGCAGAUAGAUGCAAACACACAUUAUAUAGAUCGAACACACACAGUGAGGAAAGAUGAGGAUGUGGAGAGUACUGUCCAGGAUGUUUUGCAGAGAGGAAUGAGACAUUGGAAUACUACGUAUGGGAAGGUAUCGAAUAGAGUGAUUGAGGAUUUGAAUCAGUUUUACCCUGAUCUAUGGCAGUUUAUAAUUAAGGAUGUGUACGGGGAUAUAUUGUCAUACAAUGAUAUUGUAAGUGGGCCUGUGACCAGCCUGUUGAUGAUCAGUUGUUUGGUCCCGAUGGAUGUCAAUCCACAGUUAAGAGGACAUUUACGCGGUGCAUUAAACUUUGGAUGGGAUAUGGAGACAAUAAAUGAAGUUAAAUCCUUUGCGAUUCUUAUUGCACAAUGGCAUGGUAUCAAAUGGAAAUCUGAAGUGACAAAACUUUAA